AUGUCUUUGAUGUCUUCAGAGUUUGCCAUGAAAGACUUGGGUCCUUUGAAUUACUUUUUGGGCAUCUCUGUUCACCGAAACUCCUCCGGUUUAUUCCUUUCUCAGCGUAAGUAUGCUGCAGAAAUUCUUGACAGAGCAGGCAUGUCUAGUUGCAAAUCUGUCUCGACGCCUGUUGACACCAAGCUGAAACUCAGUACUGAUUCUGGUUCUUCAUAUGAUGAUCCUCUCUUAUAUCGUCGUCUAGCUGGUGCUCUUCAAUAUCUCACAUUCACUAGACCGGAUUUGUCUUAUGCUGUUCAACAAAUUUGCUUACAUAUGCACAAUCCAACAACGGCUCAUAUGAGUGCUUUGAAGCGAAUUUUGAGGUAUCUCAAAGGCACUCUUUCUUAUGGUUUGCACCUUUCGAACUCCCCUUUUUCAUGUCUUACAGCUUACUCCGAUGCUGAUUGGGGUGGUUGUCCUGAUACUAGACGCUCCACUUCUGGCUAUUGUGUUUUUCUUGGUGAUAAUUUUGUGUUUUUCUUGUGA